AGUGGCCUAGUCUAGUCUAGAUUGAGAUCACAAGGUGAAGCGAGGCUUCCUCGCCGUGCUUCAAGUGGACCUGUGUCUAGCCGCUGUUCUACAGGCGUUGAUCGGCAGCGGAGAAGAAUGACCUUGUUUCAUUUUUUCAACUGCGCGAUCCUUACCUUCGGCCCCCACGUCGUUUACUAUUCUGCUACUCCCUUAUCUGAGUAUGACACACUUGGUACUUCUAUCAAAGCAGCUGUUGUUUAUCUCGCGACAGCAUUAGUUAAGCUUGUUUGUCUCGCAACUUUUCUCAAAGUAUCUGAGAGUGAUAGCUUUGAUCCUUAUCAGGAAUGUCUGAAGGCAUUAAUAGGCUUUAUAGAUGUUGCUGGGCUUUAUUUUGCCUUGACCCAGUUGACUCAUAGAAACAUAUCUCAAAAUCAUAAAUUCCAAGCAGUCGGCCUUGGAUGGGCGUUUGCUGAUUCCGUACUGCAUAGAUUGGCUCCCCUUUGGGUGGGUGCAAGAGGACUAGAGUUUACUUGGGAUUACAUUCUCCAAGGCCUAGAGGCUAAUGCAAAUCUGGUGUUGAGCAUAUCUCUUGCGGCACUAGGAUCUUUGAUGUGGCUCCGAAAAAAUAAACCCAGGGCUCUAAUUCCUAUAAUAUACUUGUGUGCAGGGAUUGUGGCUACCAUGCCAUCCAUCACUAGCUAUCUGAGGCGAGGCUUGGGGUGGCAUUUACCAAAGGUUGUAGGAUUUGAACUCUUUACAUCUUUGGUUAUGGCUAUUUUAAGUUGGCAGCUGUUUGCUGCGUGUCAGAGGCCGUCAGCAUAAGAACCUAUCAUGUCCAGAAUCAGAGAAAUGCCAUUAAGAUAAUUGUUAAACCGUGCUUUAAUUGUUUCCAGCCAGUGUAUUGAUCCAAUCUCUGCUCCAGGUGGUAGCUGCCCUGCUUUUUAAUUUAAAUUUUACUCUUAAGAUGUAUCGAUUACAAUUUAUUGAUAGAUUUUAUUUCAUGGGCACAUUCAUUUGUUUCUUGCGAGAAGUUAAAUGAAAAUUCAAGAGUUCUGUGAGUC